AUGGAGGAGGGAAGGAUUGCUAUCAUAAAGACAGCACUUGAGCAAUUUAUUCUCGAUCCCAAAAAUGCGGAUUUUCUCGCCGUCCUCAAAGCUGCUCGCAGCGGCGCUGUCUACGGUGCUAAAGUCAGGUUUCCUCAUGCAUUGGUUAUGAUGUUUUUAUUUAGAUCUGGUACCGUUCGUGAAAAGAUAGGGCUGAUACUCCGCGCAACUCGAACACAUGCGCAAAAUCUCGCGAAAUAUGCUACAAUAUAUAAGUCUACGAUGCUGGCUUUGAAAUACGCAGGAGGAAAGGAGGGGAAGGAAGGAAGAUGGGAUACCUUUCUGGCAGGACUGUUAGGUGGAUAUGUGGUAUUUGGGAGGAGGUCGAAGAAAGGUCAUGUUAGCAGUGUUAGUAAACAGAUUGUGAUAUUUGUAUUCGCACGAGUAUGCUUGUCGCUAGCACAAUUGGCAGUCCUUCCUUCAACAGGAAUUAUCCGUAACCAGGAGCUUUCGGAUAGAAUAUCGAGCGACGCAUGGCCAGAGGAAUACCUGGGUGGAGAAUUAGAACAUUUUGCGGGUUAUGAUCCCAAAUAUAAUGAAUGA